UUUAGUUUGUACUACAGUAAACUGUAGUGUAUAUUGUAGUAUAAUAUACCCUAUAGUUGUAGAAAACUUAGUACAGUAUUGGGUAAAGUAAUUUGUUUAUAUUACUAUAGUUGUUAUGUUACCACAGCAACUAUAGAAUUACCACAACAAAUGAAUUCAAGUACUUUACUAUAGUAUGGUUUAAAAUCACUAUAGUAUUUACUAUAAAUUACUAUAUGUGAGUCAUAUUAUCCAAAUGUAUAUGGUUUGGAAUAAUUAAUCUCUUAUAUAUUGUUAAUCUAUAAUAGCUAAGCUGUUAUUAUCCAGAAGUCACAAAGAACCCUAGAGCACCUUCUGAAAAUCUUCAAGCCUCUCUGGCCUGCAAUUCAUAAAAAUUGCAAGUUAAAAACGGUGGUACUUGUGUGAUAGUUUUAUGAAUAUUUUGCUGCAUCGGGACCUGGACAUCUUGGCAUCAGUGAAAGAACUUUGAAUUCUGAGAAUUUUCCAGGAGAAUGUAAAGCCACCUGUCUGUAAACUAAAACUAAAGCCCAGCUGGGUCGUGCUCCGAAACAAUGAUCCCUAAAGAAAGCCAAAACUUUUGAGAUGGUCUAGUCACAGUCCAGACUUAAGCCCCAAUGAAAUGCUGCACAGUUCAGGCUUGAACACUGAGCUAAAGCAAUUCUGCAAGGAGGAGUGGGCCAAAAUUCCUCCAUAUAAAUAACUACAGGAAACAUUUGGUUGCAGUUAUUGCUGCUAAUGGGGGUGCAACCAGAUAUUGGUUACCUCCAUUCGCAGCAUUAACUUCAAAUAAUGCUAAAUGAAUACUGCUUUCUUUAAUGAAUUCUUGAAAAAUGUAUUUAAUUGUGUUGUUGUUCAUGAAUGGUCAUGGAAGGGUUGUGGUUUAAGAUCUGUAGACAUUCAAUGUAAAAUAUGCAUAAAUACAGACAAUCAGACAGGGGAAAAAACUUUUUCACAGCACUGAAUUUCAUUUUUUUCUUAGGCCACUUCCAUAGUCAAAGCUUCUGGACAGUUUUCUGUUUAUUUCUCCUGCCUUUUAAUAUUUCUUAAGAGGCAGCCCACAUUAUCUUCUCCAAUAGAAUGAGAAAAUCUUAACAUAUUUCCUCUUGCGUCAUUGCUAGGGUCAAAUCGCUCUCCAGGAGCUUGAUGUUACAUAAUGUGAUGUUUAGGCAUUCAUCAGAAGAUAUCAUGUGUCAGUCUAGAUCUCACUUGAUGAUGAAUGAAUACUGGAGCCAAUCAGAAGACGGAUCUCCCAAGGGUAAUCUUAAGUGGGAGGGUAGGCAUAGUAUCCCCUUGUGACCCAACUGAGCAAUGAAAGGCUCAAAGGAGCAAUGGCCACUAAGCGAUCACAUCUUGCAGACGACCUGUCGUGCCCCAUCUGUGGAAGUAUCCUGCAAAAGCCGGUAGUGCUGUUUUGCAGACAUCGCUUUUGCAAACUUUGUCUGGAGAACCUGUGGAAUGGUGGAGGAUCUUGCGAAUGCCCUCUUUGCUGUCAGCCGUCAUCUAUGGGGGAGCUCAUAGUCAACACCAUGCUUGAGAAGACCUGCGAGGGCUUUCUGGAGCGCUGCAAAAAUGAUCCACUUGCAUGCAAGGAGCAUGGUGAGACCUUGACGCUUUUUUGUUUGGAGGACCUGGAACCCACUUGUAGCAAAUGCAAGUCGUCAGCCAACCACCAGGGUCACAGGUUAUAUCCCUUAAAUGAAGCUUCACACGACUGUAAGGAGGAACUCAAAAAUGCUUUGAAACCACUUCAGGAAAAGCUGAAGCUCUUCCAAAAAGCAAAACUCACUUGUGAGCAAACAAUAGAGCAUGUUAAGAGUCAGGCCGAGAACACAGAGAGGCAGAUACGUGAGGAGUUUGAGGCGCUGCACCAGUUUCUGCGAGAUGAGGAAGCAUCCAGGCUUUCCAUGCUAAAGCAAGAGAAGGAUCAGAAGAGGGAGAUGAUGAAUGAUAAGAUCGAAGAUUUGGAGAAUGACAUCACUUCACUUAGCAACACUAUAAGGAAUGUUGAACAGGAGAUGAGAUCUCAGGAUAUACCAUUCCUCAAGAAUUAUAAGGACACUAUAAAGAGAACCUGGCGAGUUCCCCAGGAUCCAGAGAUGAUAACAGGUUCACUGCUUGAUAUCGCCAAACACCUGGGCUCAUUAAAGUUUAAAGUCUGGGAGAGAAUGAAGGAAAUCAUUCAAUAUACUCCAGUGACCCUUGAUCCGAACACUGCGGCAAGCUGCUUCCUCCUGUCAGAGGAUCUGACUACAUUACAGUGCUGUUCUCAGACAUUUAAACUCCCAGAAAACCCCGAGCGUUUCAAUGUAGGCGCAGAGGUGCUGGCCUACGAGGGCUUCAGCUCCGGGCGACACAGCUGGGACGUGGAAGUCAAAAACAACACCUACUGGGUCAUUGGAGUUGCAAGCGCAUCCAUCAGCCGGAAAGGAAAGCAUGUGCUGACCCCCGCAGAGGGAUUCUGGACCAUUAGGCUACGAAACGGAGAGUAUAAAGCCUGUACUGCCCCAUGGUCCCCUCUCACUAUGACUAGGGAGCCGCAGGUGGUGAGAGUCGUUCUUGACAUGAACAGGUCCAGGGUAACUUUCUACGACCCACGAGAGAGGACGCCCUUAUUCACCUACAUGGACAUCAUCACUCCAAGAGCAUUCCCAUACUUCUGCAGUGCCUGUAAGGAACACCCACUGAAAGUGUUACCAGCGUGGAUCUCAAUUAAGACAGAUUGAUGUGAAGAACGUCCCUCUCAGCAUUUCCCUCCCCACAUAUCAACUCUCAUGUUACAUGUGUUUUGUGCAGGUCAGUUCGAGUUCCACUUACUUUGGAUUUUAAAAAUCUGAUAAAUGAUCUGAACAAGAAGAUGAAUCUCACUAAAACUGUCAUAAAAUGCCUAGGUCACAAUUUUGUGAAAUCAAAAGAAAAUAAUACUACAUAUAUGAUCAGCCACAGCUGUUCAUAGUGUAGGAGGGGGCGGGACUUCAGAUUCUAGAGAGAUUUUAGCGGAGGUGAGAGACUGUAAGUUUUGAAUGCUUAUAUCUCCUAAAUGUGAAUUUUGUCAUUGUUUUGGUACACACCAGCUUAUUCAUGACCUUAAGGCUAACAUAUUCAUAUUAAAAGCUAAAAAACUUAAAUUUUGAUUUCAGGGGGACUUUAAGGCCCGUUCGCACCAAGGGCGACAAAGAUAGCAAUAAAGAUAUAGUUCUAAAAAUCGUUAUUCUACAUCCCUUAAUCCUAUACAAUACCUAAACUUAACAACUACCUUACUAUUAAUAAGCAGUAAUUAGGAGUUUAUUGAGGCAAAAGUUGUAGUUUAUAGUUAAUUAAUAGUGAGAAUUGGACCCUAAUCUAAAGUGUGACCAAAAUAUUUUAUUUAAAUAUAACACAUACAUUUCUUUGUGAGAUUCAACAAAAAUCAAAGAUCAGGACAUUAAAAUAAAACAAAAUGGGGAGUGUAAUGAAAAUCUGAUAUCUGACAGCCCAAGAGUAAUAUUAUUUAAAUAUUUUUGUAUUUAUUUGUUUUUAAAAAAGUGAGCAAUACAUUUUAUUUAAAUAUGACCCAUGCAUUUCUUUGUGAGAUUCGACAAAAAUAAAUGUCAAUGUCAGGACAUUAGAAUCAGAAAAGAGGAGUAAAAUGAAGUAAAAAUGUUUGUUUAUUCAUUCAGAUUGCAGUAGAUUCAUGUAAUUACACUGUUUUAGUUUUCAAAACAUCUUUGUUCAUGUAUCAAUGUCAGGCCAUUCAUCUUGUCAUAUAUCACACAUGGGUAAAGCUUGAGGUAAAAUCUAAGGCACUUUAUUGUGGCUGUUUACAAAGACACUCUGUAUCUUUCAGCUUUCUAAAAGUCACUUUGGAGUUAGGCAUUUUAACAAUGUUUAUGUAGUAAAAAUCUUGUUAACGUACACUAAUCAUCAUCGUUCAGGCUCAAAAUGUAUUUAACUAGCUGGUUUGUAAUGGUAUAGGUCUAGUGUCAAAGCCAGACAUCCUAGUGGAGUUUCAUCUUUCAUCCAGUUGGCUUUAGAGGUUGUGUUGUUGUUGUUAAAUUGGGAGUGCACAUGUAUUGUCACCCGUGCACUACCAUCAACUAAGAAUAACACAUUAAAAGAACAAUUCACUCUUA